AUGAAUACUCAACUGCCACCUUUGCAUGAAGUGAUUUCUGCAUUGGAUCUCCAGUCACUGGCAAGCCUCAGUAUCAUGAAUGGCACAUCCCCCCUCCGAGCUUCUAAUUCACACCCUUCGACUACAAUACCUGCCGAUCAUCAAGCUCCCCUGUCAUCUCUUUCCUUCUUUACCAACCCAGACCUUCUUCCUGUCACCUCGGGUAACCUCGAGUCUCGACCUCUCUUUCGGUCCUCUCCAUUUCAGCAGGUUGCUCAAGGUGAUCCUUUGAUUCGUUGGGAACGAGACCAAAUCUGGUCUACUUGGUCACCUUCUAUGGUCAACAACUCAAACCAGCUUUCUGGACCAACGCCCUUGGGCGCAUUGGACCCGGAGAGCCUCACCCCAAACCAGGCUGUGUUCAUUUUUGGCAUCCUUUGUAUCAUGGCGCGCUUGAAACCGCGAUUUGAGUUCAAAUACGGUGGUUUGCAGGGGAAGCAGAUCGGUCUGAGACUCACUUUCUUCGGCCACACCAUUGUGCUUGACCCUGUGUACAAUUCUGUACAGGACUCCAGGGUUACAGCUUGCAGAAGAGCAUUGUGGAAGCUCCGCAAGUUUAACCCUCACUGGCUAUGCCCUCCUUCUGAUGGUCCAACUGGUCCUGAAUGGGACUGGAUCAAACUUGUGGAAGCAUUUUGCAACAUCAAAGGAAUUGAACUGCCUCUAUACGGCUCUCUCUACUUGGGAAAGCUGUGGCAUUACGAUCUAACGCUGAAUGGCAGUUCCUUCCGCACUGGUUCGCCCUGUGAAACAUCAACACAAGCGCAGAAUACCGCUGCACAUCUUGCUCUUCACAGCGCUUUGAUUAGUGAUAACAUUGCUGACCAUAUUCUUCCAGCUACCGACCCAUCAGUGGUGAUAAAGAAAGAGGAAGAAGGAUCAAAGCCAAAGCCAAGGCCAAAGCCCAGAGCCAUGGUUGAGCGUCUCAAUGGGCGUAUCGCGGACCACUCUACAGUGCCGGCUCGAUCUUUCGAUGAUGUGUUAGUGUCUAUCAGAGCGGAACGUGGCAGAAAGAUCAAGCGAGGGAGACACAGUUCGAGAUACGGGGGUUCCCCAUCGCCCAAACCUCUCAAGUUCGCAAAGCUCCCGAAGGUCAAGAAGCCAAAUCUCGGUAACGCCAAUCGUGUUCCUUUGACCCAUAACCGCGUGGCUCCCUUGGAAGAAAAGCCAGAGCCCAGAGUGGAUCGUUUUGCUACCCUCAAAGCCAUCCAGAAAGCGAUUGAAACAAAGGAUUUGUCGUAUCACUCUAUUUUGAUCCGUAUCUGUGAUAUCUUGGGUGUGAACGCGCCUGCAAUUCGCCAUGAAGAUGACCCUGAUGACCCUAGACCAAUGGGAUGGUGCGUGCGCGCCACGUUCGAUGAGAGCCACCCUUACUUGAACCGAGCAAGUCCCAUUAUGUUGGCAAGACUACCCAAGUCAGAGGACAAAGGGGCAAUCUCGCUCGGAAUGAAAAAGUUGAUACUCUACCUUCUCAACAUGGCGAAGGAAGAUGCAGGGCUCAGUUCGGAGGAUUCGGAUUAUGCCUUCCAACUACGUUUGGUGAAGGAUUUGGAAAAGGAAAUUCAAAGUGGGAUCGACGGAAAUGUGUGCGAGAUUGAAACCGCCCAGGGAUGGACUGUGGUUCUACCAUUGCAAUCACGGCACUAA